GGGUGGGGAUAAAUAUGUCAAUGGAUAAUGUUUAUGUCAAAGUUGCUGCAAAUGGCAACUCUUUUCGUUUCUAAAAAUGCGUGUUUUAUUAAUUUAUGUGUUAGUGAAGUGCAACCCAAGUGUAAAUGUUAAAUAAACCGUUCGUAUUUAAUUAGUAAUAGUGCAAAAUGGCUUCAGGUGAUAUGAUUGAAGCUAUUGAAGUUUUGGAUUCAUCAUUGAACAUGAAUAACACCAAGGAUUCUGUUUUCAAUGAUUCAGGGGGCUGGGGAGUCUGAUGAUAAGGACAAUACAUUUCUUAACAAAUCUCAAGAUGGACAGAAAACUCUUUCCAAUGUGGCCAAAACGAAGGCGCAAAGGGAGAGAGACCGCGAACGCAAGAUUGGUCAUCGGAGGGUCGGCGAGGGUGGAGAGAUUACGUACAAAAAAAUCCAGACUAGUCAGAUUAUGGGUUCUAUUCAGCUAGGUAUACAACAUGCCGUAGGUGGAUUGGCAUCGAAGCCCGAAAGGGACCUGCUCAUGCAGGAUUUUAUGACCGUAGAAACAACAAAUUUUCCACACGAAGGCUCUAACCACACUCCCGCUCAUCACUACUCCGAGUUCAAGUUUAAAAACUACGCCCCUAUUGCUUUUAGAUACUUUAGGGAUCUUUUCGGUAUACAACCAGACGAUUUUUUGAUGUCAAUGUGUGAUUCACCUUUAAGAGAAUUAUCCAAUCCAGGAGCCAGUGGUUCUAUAUUUUAUUUAACUCAAGAUGAUGAGUUUAUCAUUAAGACUGUCCAACAUAAGGAGGGAGAAUUUUUACAAAAAUUAUUAGCCGGUUAUUAUAUGAAUUUAAAUCAAAAUCCACGGACGUUGUUGCCAAAGUUCUUCGGACUGUUUUGCUAUCAAUGCAAUAGUAAAAACGUUCGAAUGGCGAUUAUGAACAAUUUGUUACCUAGCUCUGUUGUUAUGCACCAAAAAUAUGAUCUCAAGGGAAGUACAUAUAAAAGAAAGGCUUCUAAAGCUGAAAGGCAAAAAAGAUCGCCCACCUACAAGGAUUUGGAUUUCAUGGAACACCACCCGGACGGCGUUUUAAUGGAGGCCGAUACUUACAACGCUUUAAUAAAAACCAUACAGAGAGAUUGUCGCGUGCUGGAAAGCUUCAAAAUUAUGGAUUACAGUUUGCUGUUAACGAUACAUAAUUUAGAUCAGGCUCAACGAGAAAAACUGGAAAAGAGAUCAAAAUCGAACUUGGAAGAGGUGCCGGAAGAUGGCGAAAUGAACGACCCGAGUUCGGCGAUGUUGCACGAGGAGCGCGAUCGCGAACGCGAGGAUCGAAUAGGAGCGGCGGCGCUGCUUAACAGGAGCAAGUCGAUUAAUCGACAGCGAUUGGUCGCUCACUCCACCGCCAUGGAAAGCAUACAGGCCGAAUCCGAACCUAUCGACGAAGACGAGGACGUACCGCCUGGCGGUAUUCCAGCAAGAAACGGAAAAGGGGAGCGGUUACUAUUAUUUAUCGGUAUUAUAGAUAUUUUACAAAGUUAUAGGUUAAAGAAAAAAUUAGAACACACGUGGAAAUCGAUGAUACACGACGGGGAUACGGUAUCAGUGCAUAGACCUAGUUUUUACGCGCAAAGGUUUCAAAAAUUCAUGGCUGAAACUGUUUUUAAGAAAAUACCAUCACUGGACUUGCCUGAAAUUAAAGGCAAUCAUCGCAAGUUUCGUACCCUGGUUACCAGCUACAUAGCUUUAAAGCAUUCGCCAUCAAAAAGAAAAUCAUUGUCAAGGCCUCCAAGACCCCAUGAAGAAUUUGAUAACAAUAUUCCUGUUCAGGCUCAAGUCAAUUUUCAUCAGCAAAACGGGAGCAAAACUGGUGUAGCGCCCAGCUGCUGCAGCACGCCGCCGCCCACCUUCGACGAGGCGCUGGAGCACCGGCCGCCCACCGCGCCUCCGGAAUCGGCCUCGUCUGCGCAGGCGCGACUGAGAAUGGGCUCGCACGGGUCGCAUCACUCGCACGUCUCCCAUCAUCACAUGUCGGUCAAGAGCUACAAGGACGACGUUGUGAGCAUAACGGACAUAAAGCUGGAAUCUCGCGCGGAGAACAAGUCUUCGCUGUCAGUCGAAUCUGGUAGUUCGGGUGCCGGUCACUCGAGCGGCCACUCGCGCGGCCUCGCAUGGACGCCGCCCGCCUCCGUCGAGGGAUCGACGCCCACCUGGACCGAAGGUACACCCUCUUUUACCGAAUCCUCAAGUAGCGGCGACAUGGGCUGUCCGACAACACCGCUUAGGCAAAGUUCCAAUUCGUCGUCGAAAAAACACAAGAAAACGGUGGAGCACGCCAUCAACUGUCUCACCUCAGAAAUGCACAUAGAAAAGCGGCAAUACAUUUUAAGGUGGAGGGACUGGUAGAGAAAGGCAAAAGCCAAGUAAAAAUUCUCAAGUUGUCGAAAAUGUUAAAGAAUAUCUAAAUGUUUUCAUUACAUUCCCCUUGUAAACGGAAAUGAUUUCCAAUAUUUGACGUUGUCACAGUUAACAUGAGGCAGUAGUUUUGUGUUCAAAAAAAUUUAAAUUUAGAAACAGUACCCGUGUUACAUUUGACAAUGGACUUCAAUGCUUUGAAAUUGCAAUACUAUCUGUGUCUUGUUUAUAUAAAUGUAAUAUAUUGUAUAAAAUUUAUUGAUAACUAUAUAUUGAUGAGUUAGUUUUGUUAUAUUAAAUAUGUGAUUAUGAUUCCCCAGGCAAUAAUUGGUUAAUUUAAAAAAUGGGAUUUAGGUUUAGCUUUCUUCACUCUUUAUAAUAAGGGCAUGUCAUAUCGUUUUAUUUAAUUUUUUGGGGAAUUCGCACUGUCAUUAGGGUGAUUUUUUUUGAAGGAACAUUUAUUUUUUUGUCACUCCCCAAGAAAAAUAUUAAUAUACAGAUGAAAAAAAUAAUACUUUUCAGCCCUUAAUGUAGUAUUUUAAUUUUGAUUUUAAUGUUUUCCCAUUGAAAUAACAUAGUAAAAAAUGAUAUUUUUUCAAUUUCUAAUAGCUUGGCGACAUUUUACGUUACUGCAAUUUUUACAUAAUUGGAUGCUUUUUUAAAGUACUUGCCACAAUUUUACUACAAUUAAUAUUUUUUGACCUGUAUACGUCGCCGAAGUAAUAUUUUUACUAAAAAACAGUAUUUUGCAUUUCACGGCAAAACAAUUUAAGUUACAGGGAAAAAGUUAAGACAUUUUUUAUAGGAAAUUCAAGUUCCUAUUAAAAAGGUCCUUUGCAAUAAUGCAAUAAAAUGUAUAAUUUAAA